AUAUGACGUUAUUUUGAAUUUUCAGCGGUGAAGCGUUGCGUCUGUUGUUGUGUGUCAGAGAGGAGCUGCUCUGACUGCACCUUAUUACUGACACGGUUAGACAUUCAAUAACAGUUAACGUUACGUACACUGGAUUAAAAACAUGUCUUUUUCAAGAGCUGCUUUGAAAAGGUUCAACGAGAACCCUGGUUGUGCGCCACCACCGGGGACAUAUGAGAUCAAACCCGGGGACCUGAAGGGAGCUGCUUCCUUCGACAAAUCUGAUCGAUUCAGACACCUUAAGGCAGCCGCUCUGCUGCCUCCAUCAUCGCCCUCCAGAAAUGCCCUAAUGUCACCUGUUCGUAGGACUAUGUCGGUUGAUGGUCUUAUUGAAGGUUCAAGUGUAAAGAAGAAGAAUGGCAUGACCAUAGAAAGGAAGCAGCAGAAACUCUUAGAGAAAGAGAUACGAUCCCUGGUUCAGCAGCGAGGGGAGCAGGACCGCCGCUUGUUGACUCUGGAAGAGGAGCUGAAGAAGGUGGAGGCCAAGCUGCUGGCUGCAGUCAGGGAGAAGACAGGCCUUGCUGCCAAUGUUACCACCCUUGACAGGCAGCUGGUUGAGCUUAAGAAAGUCAAUGACUUCCUAAAAAACAAGUUUUCUGCUGACACUACAAAAAAGAGAAUCCAUUCUCUCACCAUGGAGUUGAUGGAGGCCAGGAAUAUUUUGGAUGUUAAAAACAAGGAGUUAAAAGUCCUGCAGAUUAACACUGAAGGCCAAGCAAAGAUUCUAGAAACUGACCUGCAAGCUGCCAGGGCUACUGUCACGGCUCUAAAGGACAGGAAUAAAGACUUGGAGGACCUUCAUCAAGUGACCAAAACCCUGAACGAAGAGCUGGAGAAUGAUAAUGCUAAAUUGCAUGCUGUGAUACGGGAGCUGAGGGAGGAGAUCAGAGGCAUGCAGGGAUACCUGGACGCAGCCAAUGACCACAUCCAGGAUCUCCGUUUGAAGCUCCGAGAGAAGACACAGGAGGAUGCUGCUGCUGGUUCUCAGGUGGAGAAAGUAAAGCAACUAGAGACCGACCUAGAUCAGCGCACUACUGAGCUAGAGACCACCCGAGAUGUGCUGAGACAAAAAGAGGAGGAGGCACAGAAAUUCCAGCAAGAGCUGCAAGCGUCAAAGGACGCUUUAGUGGAAGUGGAGAAGAGGUUUGAGAACCAAGAGCUGGAGCUCAAGUCUUCACAGAGGUCAAUGAGUGACAUGGAGGAACAAAUGGAUUCGGCCGACCAAGAAGUUCAUGACUCUCAAGCAACAGUUCGCCAGCAGGAGGCAGAGCUCGCCAGACUGAGAGAGGUGCUCAGGAGGACGGAGAAGGAGCUGGACGAGAGGGUGGCGCAUCUUGAACAGCGGUGUCUGUUCUCUGAGGAAGAGAGAAGCAAGACUCAGGAGGAGGGGAUAAGGAGAGUGGAGGAGUUGAAAACAGAGCUCAUGUUGCUGAAGGAAACUAAAAAAGAUGAGAAAAAUACAGUGAUCCAGCUCCAGCAAGAACACGCUGCUCUCACUAAGGAACUGACUAAAGAAAAGGCGCUUGUGGACUCCCUGUCUGUGCUGGUGGAGCAGGAGAGGGAGGAUUCCGAGGAACGGCUGAGACAGCUGAAGGAGGAGAUGGAGGAGGUGUUGGGAGAGCUGGCUGUCUUGGAGGACCAGGAGCAGAGUAGGCAGGAGGUGGCGGAGAGCAGUCAGGAGUCUCUCCAGGGGUUGCAGGAGGAAAACAAUGAGCUGGAGAGACAGCUGAGUGAUGCCAGGGCACUGUUGGAGAGUAAGAGCAACAAUGUGGCAGCUUUAAAAGAGGAGCAUUUAGCAGCCAUGGCAGAACUCCAAGAGGUGCACACAAACUCACUGAGCAAGAUGGGAGACAUUGUCACAGAGCUGGAAAGCGCCAAAGAGGCUCUGCAGGGAGCAGAGGGACGACAGAAAGAACUGGAAGCGGAGGUGGAAAGAGUGACGCAGCAGAUGAAGGAGGAGAUGGACAAAAUGGUUCAACAGAAAGAGGAGGAGGUCAACAGAGUGAAGGAGGGGUUAGAGGAGCACCAGGAGUUGCAGUUAGCUGAAGCAAAAGCCAGGGAGGAGAAUUCAAGAAAGUUGCUGGAGGUGCAGACUCACCUUGCACAAAAAGAUGAGGAGAUAAAGGCCAUGGAGGCGAGCCACGCUGCCCUGAUCAAUCAACUACAGCUGAAGACAAAGGAGAGAGAAGAGGCACUGGGGCAACUAGAGGAGCAGAGAGGUCAGGGUGCAACUCAGCUCCAAAACGAGAAGGAGAAAGCCCAGAUACUGCUAGAGGAGGUCAGCCAGGAAAAAAGGGAAAUAAUGGAACAGCUCCAACAAGAAAGAGAAGAGAAAGUUAAAAUACAGACAGCCCUUCAGGAGGAAAGGGGAGCAUUGGGGGUUGAAAUAGAGGACCACCAGCAGGUCAGGUCAGAGGUGCUCAGACUACAGGCCGAGCUUGAGAGGGCGGGCGAGGAAAGGAAGAGUCUUCUAUCUCAAGUAGAACAAUCCAGGCUCGCUCUUGCAGAUCAACUAAACAUGGCAGAGCAGGAAAGAAAUCAGCCUCGCCUGGAUGAGGUUGAACAAGAGGGUUUGAGGUUCCAAGCCCAGUUAGACCUUAUGGAGGAGAAGACGGAGACUCUGCAGCGCGAGUUGGAAGAACAAAGACAAGACAGACGGGCUCUGCAGGAGCAGGUGGAGGUACUGUCUCAGGAAAAGGUUACACUGCAGUGGGAGAUGGAGGAGCAGGGACAGGAACUCCAAAGGCAAAUAACUGAAGCACAGGAGAACAGCUCCCCGAGAUCAGAGACGGAACACUGGAAAAAACAAUAUGAAGAGCUGUUUGCGAAAGUCAGGCCCUUCCAGGAACAGCUCAAUGCGUUUGCAGCCGAGCGAAAUGCACUGCUCAAUGAAAACGGAGCGAACCAGGAGGAGUUGAACAAGCUGUCCGACGCUUACGCUCGUCUGCUGGGCCACCAGAACCAGAAGCAGAAGAUCAAGCAUGUGAUGAAGCUGAAAGAUGAGAACGUCACCCUGAAACAGGAGGUGUCUAAGCUUCGGUCCCAGGUGAACCGGCAGAAGAGUGAUCUGGAGCAGCUGAAGUCAAAGCUCUCCGGUCCUCCUCGUCACAGGUUUGAUCCCAGUCAAGCUUUCCAACACGACAAGGAGAACAGGCAAACUGAAGCUCUUAAAGAAGGAAAUCAUUAUGCAUAAUGGAGCUCUUCUGCCAGACAAGAAAUGACAACUAAAUAAAAUGUAAAUGUUUUUGUCUUUUAAUUCUUCUUCACCUUGGACACUUUUUAAUGUUGGGUCAAUUUUGUAAACUGGUUUUUACACUAACUGCUGUUUUACAGCCUUUUGUGUCAAAAUGUUACAAAUAGAGGGAGGAUGUAUGCUGUUUAGAUUUUAAAAAGAAAUGAUAGGGGCAGAUUGUAUGUGUGCAGGAGCAGUGAGUAAAAAUAAUGAGGAAAUAGAUGGCUGCAAGUCUACACACAGUCUUAUUUGAUCCCUUUUAACUUCCUUAGCAAUUGUUAGGAUAGCAGAACCAGUAAGUAUUUCAUGUGGGAUAGCGCUUUAUAAAUCUUUCUUCUUUGUAAAUAAAGACAAAUGUUAAUACUCUUUUUAAA